AUGGUCUCGCACCCGGAUCCAUACGCAAGCAUGUGCAGCACCCACGGUUUCGACAUCGCAAGGGUACCGGAUACGCAGGUGGUGCGAGAAGACCAGCAUCCCCUUCACGUUCAGGCCACUUCCAGAGACCCGGGUCGUGGUUCUGACGGCGCUGAACCUCCAGAGGAAUUGAAAGCCCAAGACCUGUCAUCCAGUGUGAAGCAGGUGCGGGAGAUUCAGCGUCUCGCGUGGCUGAAGGGGAGAGUUGCUCAUCUGGCAAACAUGGUUGACGGCGCCAUGGAGGAGGUGGAGAGCACUGACACGGAAGCGGGACUCAUGUAUGACGCUACCUUGGUCGAUACCCUUUCAGAUCUGGCCCGUGAUUUGCAGCUGAAGAUCGAAGAGGAUGAGACGAUGGCUGAGCUGAGACGUGGUGGUGCUGAACCAUCCGAGCGCUAG